AUCCUUAGCUUCAACAAUCACUCCCAAGAUUGAGGUAGCCUUGAAUUCAGAAAGACUCCAGCAACUGGUCUGUCAUGCAAGGGUCCCACGAUCAACAAAACCAAUCAUGCAGUCAUAUUAAAAUACAACUGUACACAUAUUAAGGGACAGUGAAGAGAGUUGAAACAGCAGUUUUUCGUUUCUUACUCAUUCAAGCGAUCAUCUUUUUUAUGUCAUCCUCUCAGGCUCGGAAUCUGACUUUAGCAAAGUUCCCAAAGCUAUGGAAAGUGAAGCGCAGUCUUCGUUGUCUAAAAACAGGGCAAAUCCAGGCUACAUAACUCAGGAAGGACUUGAACUGAAGAGCUUUAGUUUAUGCCUCUACUGGGUUUGUCUAGAUCAGUCCAGUUUGUGGAGAGUUGGUCUCUCCUGGUCUGUCUUCUUCGUGCUCGCCGUUGGAGUUCCAAUCGUAUCCCACUUUGUUCUCUUAUGCUCCAACUGCGAUGAGGAGCAUCAAAGGCCUUACGAUGGCUUGGUACAGUUAUCUCUCUCUUCUUUUGCAGCGAUUUCUUUCAUCAGUUUGUCUUCUUGGGCUCGAAAAUAUGGAAUCAGGAGGUUCCUCUUCUUGGAUAAAUUGUGUGAUGUCAGUGAUAAGGUUCGCCAAGGAUAUGCAAAGGAGCUUCAGAAAUCAAUGAAGCUCCUCUGUAUAUUUGUCCUCCCAUGUUUUGCUGCCGAGAGCGCAUACAGGAUUUGGUGGUAUGCCACUGGAGCCAGCCAAAUUCCAUACCUUGGCAACUAUUACGUCAGUGACAUCAUUGCCUGCACAUUGCAGCUGUCCUCAUGGCUUUAUCGAACAUCCAUUUUCAUCCUAGCCUGCAUUCUCUACCAACUGACUUGCCAUCUGCAAAUACUUCGGCUGGAAGACUUUGCUCAAGUUUUUCGAAAGGAAACUGAAGUAGGUUCAAUCUUGGCAGAACACCUCAGAAUAAGAAGAAAUCUUCGGAUCAUAAGUCACCGGUUUCGCUUAUUUUUAUUGUUGUCACUGGUGUUUAUCACUGCAAGUCAGUUCAUUGCUUUAUUCAUGACCACUCGGACCAGUACUACUGUCAAUUUCUAUGAGGCUGGAGAACUUGCAUUAUGCUCCAUAAGCCUGGUGACAGGACUCUUCAUCUGCCUGAGGAGUGCAACAAAGAUCACUCAUAGAGCACAGUCUAUUACGAGCCUUGCUGCCAAGUGGCAUGUCUGUGCCACAAUCAACUCUUUUGAUGAUGCUGAUGGUGAGACCCCCACAGCUCAGAUUGUUUCUUCUCAGAUGCUUCCAGCUGGUGUUGAUUGGGAAUCAGAAGAAGAAGAAGAUGGAGAGGAUGAUUUGGACAACACAAAUCUAGUGCCCAUUUUUGCACACACAAUCUCUUUUCAAAAGAGACAGGCUUUAGUGACAUAUCUAGAACACAACAGAGCAGGAAUUACAGUGUUUGGAUUCAUGGUAGACAGAACAGGAAUCCACACAAUAUUUGUGAUUGAACUAGCUUUACUGCUCUGGCUGCUCAAUAAGACAAUAGAAAAUUUGACAUGAAUACCCUACACCUGGGAGAGGGCUUAAUGCAACAUCGUCACUGCUAUCAGCUUGCAAAACUACCAUGUUGAAAGCUGAGAGGGUGAUGCGUUAUCUCAAUUUGCCUGCUAGACAGCAAUAAGCAUAUUACCAAACAGAACAAAAGGGACUUUUCAACUGGUGAACAAGACUCUAAUGAAGGAGCAAAUGUCAAGUAGCUAGUACGAGUUAAUAUCUGAACUCAAGCAUCUUGAUGUGAAUGUUUUGGUCCUUAAGCAAGCCAUGGUAUAAAUUACUUGUAACAUUUUGCAGAUUAUGUAAAAUUACUUUGGUAUAGUUUCCUAAGUUAUAUAAAGAGUCCAGCUUUCUGUCAACAUUUCUGUAUCUUGCUGAAGUUGCUCAUAGCAAUAUGCAAUUGUCAUUUUGUUGAUUAUGGAGA